UAUGUUUGUGUUUUUUUCCUGAUAUAAAUAUAUAAAAAAAGAAACAGGACAUGAUAUCAUAAAUAUGUUGAUUGCUGAUAUUCACACGUUUCUAUAAGUUGACUAGAAAUUAUGAAAUGCAGAGAAAUAGAGAUUGAAGAUUUUAAUGUGCUUCACAAAACCAGUAGAUUAAACUAAAUAAAGUCCACUGUUAGGACUGGGAAAAAUAGUUCUUUAUCGGGUGGCUAAUUUUAAUAGAAUAUAAUAAAACGACAUUUAGCUGCUUGGCAAAAGUACAUGGAUAUAAUUUUAUUAUCUUUAUUAUGUAGAAAUCAAAUUGUAUUGCUCAAUUGUAUUACAAGUAUCUGAUUCUCAGGCCUAACUACAGUCUACCUGAUGCAUGUCGUGCAAAAAAUAUUUACACAAGAGGAGCUCAAAAGUAAGGAUUCUUUUUUCUUUUUUUUCUGGUCCAGUCUGACCAGUAAUUCUCUUUAGACGUUUCUACAAUUUGACAUUAUUUUUCACAAUUUGCACCUGGAAAUUAAUCUGCUACAAUGGAAGGCAAAACAUUACACGCUUUUGCUGGAAAACAAAGGCAUAUGGUGCAAAACGUACUCAAGUUUUCAGUUUUUGCAAAUUUGACACCGCCUAUGUUAGCCUGCUAGAUAACAUUAUCAUGGCGACAGAUUAGCAGUUUGCAGCAGUGUAGGAAGUGACUUCGAUGGUGUCAAGUCUUUGAAAGAGGUUAAUGCAUUUAGCUAGUAAAUGAUAUCCUGAAGUAUGCUGCUUUGAUAUUUUUCUUUGUUAAAGUUCAAUGAAAUAGUUCUUAGAACUUCGGAGAGACAGAAAUUCUUAUCAUAAAGACAACAAAUGUUUUCUAAUUAUUUAUGGAACGUCUGUGAUUGAACUAAUACUACUGGAUGGAUAGGCAAGUGUUUUGUUGGUUAAUUAGUGACCGUCUUUUUGGCUUUAUUAUUUUUCACCUUCUGAUAAUGCCCCAAUAUGUCUUACAGCCAGCCCUCUAACUUUCUUAAUUUUAUAUCCUUUUUCUGAUUUAAUGCCAUCUGUAAUUUUCUAAGCUGCUCAAUCAGCUGCUUUCUCUCGCCUUAUAAACAGUCCUCUCUCUUUUCUGUCUUUGCAACUGUAACUCCCACACGCGCUCUUAAUGUCAUUAACAGGUGCUUGUCCAAAAUAGAACCCUUGCCCAUAUACACACACAAACAUCCGUGGAUCAGCUGACUUUCCCUCGACUGACUUUCCCAGACAUGCAAAACUCACACUGAUAUACACUGAAAAAUAUCAAAUGUGUCCAUGUGUAGAUAAAUACUCUUGCAUGAACCAUAUACUUGGGUGACUGAGCAGUCAAACACGAUCUCUACAACUUGAUUUCAUGAGCCCCAGUCUCAGUUUUCUCCACCCUUCUCUCUCUCUCUCUCUCUCGCUCUCUUUACAUCCCUCCUUCUCCUCCUCUCUCAGCUGAGUUUCAUGUAUGUAGUCAUCAGAUCUGCACCCACACAGAACAGGUCAGGAUUUCAUUGCUCUCACUCAAUGCACUUGCUGCACACACGCAUACUGUCAUAAUUUAAUAAAAAUCUGUGACAAACCUUAAAUUUCAUUGAAUAGUUUAACACUGUGCAGCUUCUAAAAUGUGUAUUUUACUAUGCACUCAGGAAAAUUGAUUGAUUCUUCAAAAAGAGGAAUGUAUCAUCUUUUCACAGCUCUAUAAGGCCGAUAUCCAGUGUCUGUCAUCAAGUCUUUUUCGUUUCAUCUACCCAUUAUUCCUGUCUAGUUUAUCAAACCUUCUUGUGUUUUGUAGACAUCAGUUAAUUCCCACUCUACACUCUUCAGAAAUGACCCCAUGUCGCCUGAAUUUCUUGCACGCUGGAUUCUUUUUCAAUCACAGGACUUUGUAAUAACUUCCUGUUCUUUUUUUGAGCCUUCUUAUUAAUAUACUUCUCUGCGUGUUUAUUAUCUAUCCAUCUAACUCAAGACUCUAGUCUCCUGUUUUUUGCUUUAGUUAUUUGUUUGUCCCCUUUCGUGACUUUACCUCUGGGAAUUUCCUCCUCUCAUCUUCAAGUAUUGUGGUUGCCAUGUGGUCCAACUAUUUUUUGCAAAAGGAAGAUGACGGGAGAGUAGGUGCGGCGGCUCUGGGUGGAGUUGGCAGUAAGAGCGGGCGUCAAGGUAAACGGCCGAGGCCCCCUCGAAUGAGUGACAGCCAAGAGGGCAAGAUCAAGCUGGCAUUUUUUGUCGCCCUCAUAGGCGUGACACUGACGGUACUUGGCAUGGGUACAGAGUUCUGGGUGGAGUUAUCCCAGCCAAAACACUCCAGGAACAACCAGACAUGUGAGAUGGCACAUUACGGCCUUUGGAAAUUAUGCGUUCGCACGCUAUGGGUGUCAGAUAUUGACCCGGAGAGAGAGAGUUGUGGACCUGCAGAGCUACCUGGAGAAUCAAACUGCACAUACUUUAAAGUCUACACUUCUGGAGAGAAUGCUGUCAUAUUUAAGAAAACAACAGAAAAAGGUUUGCAUAUAGCAGGUGCAAUGUUGGCUUUGUUCAGUUUGUUUCUGAUGAUCAUGGGCUCUGUGUGUAUCACUAUGUCUCUCAGUAAGAGUGUGCCCUUCUUCCUCAAGCCUGCUACUAUCUGCUUCAUCUGCUCAGGUAUCCUGGUCUUCUUGUCCAUCAUAGUUUUCCACCAGUCUGUGCUGGCGUUAUUGGCAAGCGAUCACAGUUUCCCUCUCCAUCACGAGUUGUCCUGGUCAGUGGCAUGUCUUGGCUCGGCUGGGGCCAUUCUCAUUUUUGGAGGGCUUAUUUUCCUGUUGCUUUCCCUCCCCAACAACCCCCUGGAGAAAUGUUUUGGUCAGCAGAGCAGUAGUGAUGCCUAGCUGUCAGGGGGACUGCCCAUGAGUUGAGCAGCACAAGAUCUUUUAUACUCUUAUGCUGUUUGUGGAGAUUGACUGAUGUUAUAAAGGACUCUCAAAAAUGCUAAUGUUCAUAAUGUUUUGCAGUAACUAGCAUUAGUUUGCUUAUCAAUAAGAUUAUAGACCUUAAUGCUCAUACACCGACUCUGAAAUUUGAACUGAUAUUUCUAUGAUGGUUAUGUACAUAAAAUCAGCGACCAACAGAUCUGUUUACUGUCUUUAAAGGCUUCAUUUACACAACAUGUUGUGCUGUUAUGCAUUCUCCCUGUGCAGUGGUAGAAGAAACCUUAUUUGAUUACUAGGCAUAUAAUACUGGCUUAUCAAGUAUCUGUGGGUUAAAAGUGUACUUUUGUUUUUAUGGAAAAAUAUGCCAUCCUUUCAAUGCUAAAGGCCUGUUCACACCAAGUGUCAUAAGUGUCAGAUAACAUUCUGUUUAUUAAAAGAGCACAUACGCUUUUGUCAUACGCCGGCUUAAAUGCUUGAGCUCUUUAAAGUUGAGUGGAUUCUGACUGGCUGUCAGUGUUUUUAUCAUUCAUCAGCUAGAAGAAAAAAAAAAUCAUUAUGAAAAUGAUUCCAGCGAUAUUGUUCCUCUGUGGCAUUAUUGUUAUAGCUGUGGUGUGGAAUUCUCUAUUCUCAUGGAAUUAGUAUGAUUAUUAAAACUUUACAGUUAUUCUUUAUACAGUAACCAGUAUAGUUAUCCUUGGUGCAAAUAGGCCUUUAUUGUUGUUGUUAUUUCAACUGAUAACUAGCUUCUGAAGUUGGUUUAUGCUAGGAAGUGAUGGCUUAUGAACCAUCAUAGCCUUGCUGUUUAAUAGCAAAGCUUGGCAGGUGAGCUUCAUUGACCAGAAGUAUCUUUUUGUUGAAGCUGGUUGACCAACAAAGUUUAGCUAGUGAGGCUAGUUAUAAAAGCAAAUGGGGACAUCAGCACACUAGCAUCAUAACACACGCUCGUGACCAGCUACAGUGAUCCUAAAAUGUAACACUUUUGGCCACAUUUAAAAAUGUGAAAGAAACUGUUUAACAAUAUAUCAGUUGUUUUAUGAACCUUGCAAAUUUCUGUAUUUAAUGUUUUACUCGGGACGUGUCCUUGUACCGUCUUUCUUUUAAAUAAGUUAUACUUGGUCUAGCAGUCAGCAGACUUGAUGUAAUAGAUUUCAAUGCAUAGAUUUAGGAUGGUUUAUUUAUAUAAAUGUAAAAUGAUGCUUAAUACUUAAACGUAUGAAGCCGAUGCGUUUCUAUUGUGUGUAUAAUAAUGAUGUACGAAAUCUAUUGAUGUGGAUGAUACAAACUCACUGUUAAGCCACAUUUUUUAAGUAAAUACUGUGUGUUUAUAUUGUACUCCAGCUUUUCUUUAGACACAUCCCUCAUACUUAACACACUGUCCUUCACUGAACUUACUUCUUUAUUUUGCUGGAUGUUCUUCACUUGGUUGUUUGUGUCAUUCUCUAUUUGUCACACUCUUACCCGUUCACUACCCGUUUGCUUGAGGAUUAAAUCUCUUUCACCUAA